CAAAGUGCUGGGAUUACAGGAGUGAGCCACCGCGCCGGGUCAAGUGUUUCACUUUUUGUUUUACAACAGCUUCUAAUUUGUUACAAAUAAACGUGCAGCAUGUGGUGGGAGUGUUCAGGUGUUUACUGGUGCAGUGCGCAGGGAACGCGGUUCCAGGCGCGAGAUGUGGAGGCCCAGAGGCAGAAGCCCCGUGGCAGCAGCGCGCGCAGGCGCGCAGGGGACUGUCGGAGGAGCAGGCGGGGACCUGGGCUCCCAGGGCUGUGCCCUCCCCCGCCCCAGGUCCAGUUCCAGGGGCGCGUCUGGCCCUUUGUUGCUGUCUUAUUAGGGUUCUUUCAUGGGGGUCGGUUCUUAAUUCUUUCUUUUCUCCCGAGAGAGGGUCUGUCUACUUGUUGUAAGAGGGAAGAGUCCACACCGCAGCAGUACACUUUGCACACAUGAUGAAAAGAGUCACUUUUGCAGCAUUCCAGCUGGAGAUGCGUGACCUUCAGUCUGCGGCGGGCGGCAGGGCGAGAGGCUUGGACAGGAGGUGCAUCUUGCCCGGGGAAGGCUGAACGAAUGAGAGCUCGGUCCCUGGUGAGAAAGACCCCAGAGCAUGCGAGAGGCGGGCAGCAAAGGCUUCUCUGCAGCGGAGACGCGAGGGCGGCGACCUGCAGGGAGGCGGGGGCAGCGCCUGGGGCGCUCCAAGCUCUCGACCCCAAGGAAGCCCACGCUCGGGACCCGCGUGCUGCCACAGCCCCGGGGGCCUGGAGGGGCCCGUGCGCCGAGCGGAGGACCCGGGACAAGCGCGGGGCGCCGCGGGGAACGGAAGGGAACGCGCGUGGUCUCCCCACCGCCGGCCUUCCACGCCUCCUGACACGUACUGCGGGCGCCCGGGUACGGUCCUCAGUUGGUUCGAGCCGAAUCCCGGCGCGCCAACGGCUCGACCUUGCCCGCCACGAGGCGGGGCUUCCUGCCCGACAGGAAGGACUCUGCUGGCGCCUGCGGGCAACCGUAGAGCUGAAGGCGCCGCGGCUGGGCCGUCCCGCUCUCCGGGGCCGCCGAGCGCACUGUCCUCCCGCGGCCCAGAGCGUCACCGGAAGUGCCUGGGGGGCGGGCCAGAAGUGGGGACUGCGGCGCUUCCGGCGCGCGGCGGGGCGGGGACCGUAGCGAAUGCAGUCCAGCUGUCCUGGAUGCCGCGGCGCCGGCUAUUCUUGCUCUGGCGUCGAUUCGGGAGGGUCAGGGAGCGGCGGAGGGAACGGGGCUGGCACCGCCGUCCUGGCCGGCGCGUCCUGCACUCCCCUUGCAGCGCAGGCCCCAGCCGCUCUCGGGCGCGGCGUGGAGGAGGCGGCCCUGCAGGUGCAUUCCCGGGGUGCCCACGCAUGCGGGGCUUCCUGUGAGCUGAGUUCCCCCCGCGCGUCUUCAGGCCUUUGUAAGUUGUCAAAUUUCCCACCGGCCCAGCUCAUCGAGCCUCCUCCCAGCUGUGAACAGGAGAGCCUGUUACCUACUUCUUGCCGAAAUUGUUCUGACUGCUGGCGUUCUGCAAGGUGGAGCCAGGAGGAGAGCCCCCAGGUGCCAAGGAGAGCAGUACCCUGAUGGAGGCCCUUGCAGUUGUGAAGGCUGCUUUCCUGGCGCAGGCCCCAAGUGGCAGCGGAUCAGCCGAGGUGCAGGCAGCUCGGAGUACGGAGCCUGCACCAGAGCCAGGCGCUCCCGAGGGAGAGGGCCACAGAGGGGGGCCUCCCCGGGCGCUGGGGUCUCUUGGCCUUUGUGAAAACGAGGAAACCAGAGAGAGGCCCAGAGGUUCCCCUCGAGGUCCGGUCAUUUCUGAGAAAACUGGAGGACAGAGUGGCCGCGAGUCAGACGUCCCUCUGAACUUAGGCCCCGGAGCGGAGGGCAGGGGCGGCUGGAAGGGGCGGCCUUUCCCGUGCAGCGCCUGUGGCCGCAGCUUCAAGUGCUCCUCGGACGCCGCGAAGCACCGGAGCAUCCACUCCGGGGAGAAGCCGUACGAGUGCAGCGACUGCGGGAAGGCCUUCAUCCACAGCUCGCACGUGGUCCGACACCAGCGGGCGCACAGCGGGGAGAGGCCCUAUGCGUGUGCCGAGUGCGGCAAGGCCUUCAGCCAGAGCUUCAACCUCCUCCGGCACCAGCGCGUGCACACGGGCGAGAAGCCCUACGCGUGUGCCGACUGUGGCAAGGCUUUCGGCCAGAGGUCGGACGCCGCCAAGCACCGCCGCACCCACACCGGGGAGAGGCUGUACGCGUGCGGCGAGUGCGGGAAGCGCUUCCUGCACAGCUCGAACGUGGUCCGGCACCGGCGGACCCACCACGGGGAGAACCCGUACGAGUGCCAGGAGUGCGGCCAGGCCUUCAGCCAGAGCUCCAACCUCCUCCAGCACCAGCGCGUGCACACGGGGGAGCGGCCCUUCGCCUGCCAGGACUGCGGCCGCGCCUUCAGCCGCAGCUCCUUCCUCCUCGAGCACCGCCGCAUCCACACCGGGGAGAAGCCCCACGAGUGCGUCCACUGCGGGCGCGCGUUCCGGGCGCUGUCGGGCUUCUUCCGGCACCAGCGGCUCCACACGGGCGAGAAGCCGUUCCGCUGCACCGAGUGCGGCCGCGCCUUUCGCCUGAGCUUCCACCUCAUCCAGCACCAGCGGGUGCACGGCGCGGAGUGAGCCGGGGCUGCCGCUGAAGAGAUGCCAGAGGCCUGGUGGGCGUAAGGCCGAGGUCGGGUGAGUCCUGUCCGCACCAUGCACGGUGAGGAAGUAACAACCGGCUGCUCGCCUGGUUCUCGGGCUGCAGAAGCCUCGCCCAGCCUGCAUCUGCCUUGGCUCAGGAGCAGUCAGGAGAGACAGGGCUCGGCGAAGGUGAGCGCUGCCCAUGGGAGGCGAUUCCCAGAGGCGGGGAGGUCUCAGGGGUCUGUCCCAGGCCGGCCGCCCGCUGCUGAGAUGCCUCCCCUCCCGCGGUCAGCUGCAGCGAAGGUCUCAUCUCCUGCUGGGGUGUAGUGGCCGGUGAUUGAAUGAGUCAUUCCUAGGCAGCCAGGCCUCCAUCAAAACCCUGCAUGAGACGAGGGGCUGAGGGUCUCGAGCUUCAGGUUGGUGAAGGCGGGGGCAGUUAGGAAGGGGGCCUCGCGCCCUCGCCCCGUACCUUGCUGGCGAGCAGUUCAUCCAUAUCUUUCAACGCUUUUCACAGCUGGUUGCUAUGGUCCUGAGUUCUGUGUGCUUAGAAAAUUAUGGAACUUGGCCGGGCGCGGUGGCUCCUGCUUGUAAUCCCAGCACUGCAGGAGGCCGAGGCGGGUGGAUCACGCAGUCAAGAGAUCGAGACCAUCCUGACCAACAUGGUGAAACCC